AUGCACACAACCACACUUGCCAUAAACACCUCCCUUUUAAUAAUCUUUGCGCUUUUAAUCUUUCCCCUACUCACCUCUCUAAGCCCCACACCCCUCCAUAAAACCUGGGCCGUUACCCACGUAAAAACCGCUGUAAAAAUAGCUUUUCUAGUAAGCCUCCUCCCCUUAUUCAUUUUUCUAAAUGAGGGAGCAGAAACCAUUAUUUCAACCUGACAUUGAAUAAAUACCCUAGUCUUUGAUAUUAACCUUAGUUUUAAGUUCGACCAUUAUUCAAUUAUUUUUACCCCAAUUGCCCUCUACGUUACAUGGUCAAUUCUCGAAUUUGCAUUCUGAUAUAUGCAUGCCGACCCCAAUAUCAACCGAUUCUUUAAGUAUUUACUCCUUUUCUUAAUUGCCAUAAUCACCCUAGUGACAGCUAAUAAUAUAUUUCAACUAUUCAUUGGAUGAGAAGGCGUUGGCAUCAUAUCUUUCCUCUUAAUUGGUUGAUGAUACGGGCGAGCCGAUGCUAAUACUGCAGCCCUUCAGGCUGUAAUCUAUAAUCGAGUAGGCGAUAUUGGCCUUAUUUUAAGCAUGGCCUGAUUUAUGAUAAACACCAACUCCUGAGAAAUUCACCAAAUAUUUAUUAAUUCACAAAACCUUGACCUCACCCUCCCCCUUAUAGGCCUAAUUCUCGCCGCAACAGGCAAAUCAGCACAAUUUGGUCUCCACCCCUGACUUCCCUCAGCCAUAGAGGGCCCUACUCCGGUCUCUGCCCUACUUCAUUCCAGCACAAUAGUUGUAGCAGGAAUUUUCCUCCUUAUCCGCCUCCACCCCCUCAUAGAAAAUAACCAAAUAGCCCUCACCACAUGCCUAUGCCUUGGAGCACUAACUACACUAUUUACGGCAACCUGCGCCCUUACCCAAAAUGAUAUUAAAAAAAUUGUCGCAUUCUCCACAUCUAGUCAACUUGGACUGAUAAUGGUGACUAUUGGCCUUAAUCAACCCCAACUGGCCUUUUUACAUAUUUGCACACACGCUUUUUUUAAAGCCAUACUAUUUCUAUGCUCGGGGUCAAUUAUUCACAGCCUAAACAACGAGCAAGAUAUCCGAAAAAUGGGAGGAAUACACAACUUAGCCCCCCUCACAUCUUCCUGCUUGACAAUUGGCAGCCUAGCUCUCACAGGUACCCCCUUCCUAGCCGGAUUCUUCUCUAAAGAUGCAAUUAUUGAAGCCAUGAACACAUCUCACCUAAACGCCUGAGCCCUAGUCCUAACCCUUCUUGCCACCUCAUUCACAGCCGUCUAUAGCCUUCGAGUCGUCUUCUUUGUUUCCAUAGGCUUCCCCCGUUUCAAUACAUCAUCCCCUAUUAAUGAAAAUAACCCACUUAUUAUCAACCCAUUAAAACGUCUAGCCUGAGGAAGCAUUAUUGCCGGCUUAUUAAUUACCCUCAACCUUCUCCCUUCUAAAACACCAAUUAUAACUAUACCCCCCCUACUCAAGCUAAGUGCCCUCCUGGUCUCAAUCCUUGGCCUCCUUCUUGCUCUAGAACUUGCAUCACUAACCUCAAAGACCUUUAAAGCCCUGCCCAACCUCCCCUUACACAGCUUCUCAAAUAUACUUGGAUUCUACCCAUCAAUUAUUCAUCGCUUAACCCCUAAACUCAAUCUGAUCCUCGGCCAAAAAAUUGCCACCCAAAUAGUUGACCAAACCUGAUUCGAAAAAAUCGGACCAAAAGGGGUCUCAUCCAUCAACCUCCCCAUAAUUAUCACAACUAACGAUGUCCAAAAAGGUAUGAUCAAAACCUACCUUACCUUAUUUUUCCUCACCCUCAUCCUGGCCUUGUUCAUCUCUAUUAUUUAA